CGCUCUCGGUUUGGUCUCGUUUUGACAGCUCUAGUUGCACGGCAAAAAAACGGGUUGCUGCUGCUGGUUUGGUAAACGGGAACGAGCAACGAUUGGCCAACACGAAUACGGACGGUGGAGAGAACGACGGAAUCGCUUGCCCUCAUCACGCCAGCUCACCGCGUACGCGUACCGUGAAAGGAGUGCUGCCGUGCGUGCUUGCGUGCGUGCACUGUACCGUGUUGGUCGCGCGCCACACACCACACACACAUAUCACGGGCAGUCUGUGAAUGUACACAACGCCAGAAGAAGAAGGGAGGCUUCAGCUCCACUGAGGGCGCGAUUGAUCCGGGCACGGUGGACGCGCGGCGGAUCGAACGGCACACCAAAUGGACCCGAGCGGGAAGGCCGCCUUCGAGGGCAGCAAGCUGUUCGUGCAGACGAUCGACGCGCGCGAUGAGAACGAGGAAAAGUAUAUGCGGGCGUACCGCACGUUCGAGGAAACGACGGCGGGCCUGAGCGAUAAGGACUUUCACGAUCUGCUGUCCUCGCUGGUCAGCAAGGAGAAGCAGCACGAGGAGAUUUCGCUCGCGCUCGUGUAUAUCAUACUGACCGACCCGAACGGUGCACCGAAGACGUACCGCGAUCUGACGCUGCUGACCCGCGACGGGCUCGGCUUUGUGACGGCCAAUCUGGCCAUGCUGGUGGCGGAAAAGUACCACAAGCUGACGGACGUGAGCCGGAAGCAGCUGCUGUGGUUGCUGCGCGAGCUGAUCAAGAACCAGGUGCUGAACGUGGACAAUCUCGCGUGGAACAUUCUGCGGCAGGCCAGCGGCGGUGACAUUAGCCCGAAAAACGUUGCCCUGAUCGAGGGGCUGCUGGACAUCUUCACCGAGCACCGGGCGUGGCUGGAGAAGGACCCGUUUCUGGUCGGCACGGUGGCGUACACGUUCGUGCGGCUGAUCGAGGACCACUGUGGGCCACAGUUUGUGCAUCUACGAAGCAGGGAGGUGAAGUUUGUAAUCUCGCUGAUACGGGACCGGUUCAUGGACAUCAUACCGCUCGGGCGGGAAUUUGUGCGGUUGCUGCAGAACGUGGGCCGAAUACCGGAGUUCGAUCAGCUGUGGAAGGACAUGCUGUACAACCCGAAGUCCCUGUGCCCCAGCUUUAACGGCGUGUGGCAGCUGCUGCAGACGCGCACAAGCCGACGGUUCUUGCGGGGCCGCAUCACGCCGGACAUCGAGCGCAAGAUCCACUUUCUCACGAGCAACGUCAAGUUCGGCAAUCAAAAGCGCUACCAAGACUGGUUUCAGGAGCGGUACUUUAACACACCCGAAUCGCAAAGCCUGCGGUGUGAUCUGAUCCGGUUCAUCAUCAGUGCGAUUCAUCCGACGAACGAUAUGCUCUGCUCGGACAUCAUACCGCGCUGGGCGAUCAUUGGGUGGUUGCUGACGUCGUGCACGAACGCGGUCACGCUGGCGAACGCGAAGCUGGCGCUGUUCUACGAUUGGCUGUUUUUCGACCCGGCCAAAGACAACAUCAUGAACGUGGAGCCGGGCAUACUGGUGAUGUACCACUCGAUCAAGAACCAUCCGCUCGUGAGCUGCACGCUGCUCGACUUUCUGUGUCGCAUCAUGAAGAACUUUUACCCCAAGUGGGAGGAUCGCAUCCGGACCGGUAUCUACAACUCGCUGCGGAAGAUACUGGAGAUGAAGGUGAUCCCCAAUCUGGUGCCGUUGUUCGAAUCGCCCAAGCUGGACCGUGAGUUGAAAGCGAUGCUGAGGGAAAACUUCCGCGAGUUUUGCGUGCCGCCGAACAGCAUGUACAUGCAGCCGCAUCCGCCGCAGCCCGGCAUGGAGGCGCAACUGAUGCAGAUGCACUAUCCGCUGCUGGGUGGGGGUGAGGGGCCGGCAGAGCAUGCACCACCUCCCCAUCUAAUGCAUCCGCUGCCGCCGCCGAUGGCGCAUACGAUGAUUCACCCGGGUCAGACCGAUAUCACCAGCACAGCCACCACCACCACCACCACACAGCUAAAUCGAAUGGAUCCCUCACGGAAAGCACACGACAGUGGAGGAGGAGGAGGAGGAGGAGGUGGGAGUGGUGGUGGAGGGGGAGUAGGAGUGGGGCCCGGUUGGCUCGCCUUAAGAGGACCUAUGCCUGUUCCGCGCGGUGUACCUCCCAGCGGUGCACCACCAGGAGGAUCGGCAGGACCGGCAUUGGCCGGCGGCGGUGGUGGUCCGGGCGGCGUCCCUAGUGGUCCGGGUGCGCCCGCUGCCGGUGCGCCUUUUGCCAAACCUGAAGCACCCACCCCACGGACAGAUGGCGUCGUAGCAGCGGGAACGGCGGACGAUCCCAAAUUUAGUGACGACGAAGAGGACACAUCCAAAACUUCCGCCACAGCGACGGCCACCAAGACGGAGGACGUGUCGGAUGACGACGAUCUGCCGCUGGCCAAGGUGCGGCUACUCGAGAAACCGGCAAUCGCAAAGGUCGCCCUGCCGGACACACUGAACGGCCAUCUGGAAGAGUUUCUGCGCGAGAAGAGCGUCAAGUCGUUCGAGCCGCUGCUGCAGUGUUUGGGCAGCUGCGGGAAGGCGGCCCUCAACCAGGAGCAGGAAAACUACCUCACGGAGAGUGUGAUAUCGGUGAUCAAGCAGACACUGCCGGACAAGAGCUACUUCCCCGCGUCGAAAACGGACGACAAUCUGUCGGACAGCAUCAACUACCCGCUGUUUGCGGCGUACCGCAUCCUCUACCAGCAGGAGGAGUCGUGCAAAAAGCGCAUCAUGGCGCUGCUGGUCGCGAUCGUCACGCGCGUCAACGUGGCCGGGUAUAUGCUGCUGUACUUCCUGAAGGUGCACGGGAAGCUGCAGAGCCGGCGGAAGGAGGGGGCCGGCUCGAGCGCCGCGUUCAAGUCGUCCGUGUACGGCGUGCUGUGCGAUGCGCUCGAUGCGGUCGACUCGGUGGACGAAUGCAUCGAGAAGGAUCUCAACCUGCUCGAGAAGCACAACACGCAGAUGUUCCUGUGGAUCCUGCCCGACAUGUACCGGGAGUUCAAGCAGACGAUGCUGAACAACACGACCGUGCUGCGGCUGCUGGUGGGCUGUAUCGACGCGAGCAACCUGGGCGACAUCAUCUACAGCAUCACGCAGGGCAAGCUGAUCCUGUUCGACGAGGACGGCAUCGUGGACAUCCUGCGCAAAAGCCUCGAGUACGAAACGUUCGAGCAGGUGUGCAUCUGGCAGCUGGUCCAGGCGCACGACAUCCCGCUCGAAACGUUCCAGGAGAUUAUACCGGAGCUCGAGUCGGGUGCCCACGCGGAAGCGCUCACCGCCAUCCUGCUGCUGCUGCGCGCGGAAAAGCCGACCACCGAGCUGGUCCGAUUGCUGCUGAGCCGCGAAACGGAAAGCAAGCACCGGGGCGACCCGUUCGUGACCUCCGUCCUGCGCUACUGGUGCCAGGAGUACGAGGAAAAGCUGUCCGAGCUGAUUGCCGCCCUCCUCACGUCCAAGUAUCCCUCCAACUCGCCCAACAAACGCAAGCGGCCGUCGAAAAGUGCGCAGCAAAAUACGGCCCCCACCUCGGAACAGCUGCUCAACCACCUGGAACACUUCCGGCGCAGCUGCCGGCACGGGAACGGAACCGGGACGGGGCUGUUCGUGCAGAACGACAUGCAGCGCGCCCUGCAGCAAGCGUUCGCCCACAGUGCCGAGAGCCAGCGGAAGCAGUUUAGCGAUCUGUUCGCGCUGGCGGCCGAGGACGAAACGUCCACCACGGUCGGCCGGCGGGGUACGAGCAGCCGGGGCCGGAAGGCACCGUCGAACAAGAAGGAAACGGCGGCGGAGAAGGCGGCCGCGGCCGCUGCAGCAGCACAUGCCAACAACAGUAAGAAGGCGGCGGCCGAGGCCGCGGCUCACUUUAGCGACGACUCGAGCGACGAAGACUGGUCCAAGCAGAAAGCCUCGAAGCGAAGGAAAACGCUAAGCGAUUCCGAUUGACACCGUUCGCUGCUGCGCUGCUGCUGCUGCUGUCGCUGCUGGCGGGAAGGUAAUUGUGUACAGUUGGCCCUACUACCGCGUACCACCGCACCUGUGUGUUGUUGAGGGAAGAGAGAAGCCGGAGUAGAACCGCCGGGGCAGGGAGAGAGAGAGGAGAGGAAGAGUGGGGGGGGGGGGGGGUAGCUCGCCCGCUCGUACGUCGUCUGUGCCCCGCUGUCCCACAAACGGUGUCGGACGUUCUUGUUUUAAAUUCGGCGCGGUUGUCGAUGCGCCGAUCGGCGAGGGACUUGGUGGAGUUUUGCUUUACGACACACGGCGCCGUCCGUUUGCCAUGCUAAACGGAGCGGUGGGCGUGCGUGGGACGGAUCGGUGAACCUGAGAUGCAAUAUUGUAAAAUAUCGUUAUAGAUAGUUAUCAGUAUCACUAGGACACGCUCUCACUCUCGCACUGGCUCGUACCACGGACCGUCUGCUUGGUGGGGUCGGCUUGAACGAGAUGGGCUUUCGUUUUUUCUUUCUUUCUUCUUCUUCUUCUUCGUGAUAAUGUUCAUGGUGUAUGUAUUGUAUGUAUAUGGCGCCUGAUUGUGUUUUAAAUUAUACAUAGUUUUGUUUUUAAUCGUGGCAGCGGAAUCAACGCAGAACUUGUUCACACAUCACACACAUCAAGGGGGUGAGGGAUCAAUCAUGAUGGGACAGGAAAGCGGGCGGGACAGACGUCGAGUAAGCAAACUACUCCUUUUAAUCGAUCCUUCGGGCCUGGAAGCAUUUCGGAAGUGCUUCCCUUUCUCUCUCUCUCUCUCGCUCUGUGUCUCUCCGCCGAGUGUCGCAUAAUCAAAAUCCCGGACAAAUGAUCCUCUAGGCUUGAAGGAUACAGAGACAAAGACGGGAUCCAAGCGGGGUGGUCUGUAGGGCAGGGGGAAGGGACGAACGGGAGGAAACACACGGCUACAAAAGAAUAUACACACUUAGAAAUUGCGUAAAAUAUGUAAUAGUAUUUCUAAAAAAAUGUUUAUAGAUUAAAUAAAGCGAAACAUUGAUGUAAAACAUGCA